AUGGAUAUUAUAAAGGGAAACUUAGAUGGAAUUUCAAAACCAUCCUCAAGUUCAAGAAUACGUCCUGGGAGUAGAGAUUCGAGUACUUCUUUGGAGGUACUCUCACCAGAACCGGCAUCCUUCAAGGUUGAUACUGCAAUCAAGUUGAACUCUGGUAAAGAGAACAACUCAGACAGCGGCAAUGCAGAAGAAAGUAGAAACAAUAAUGAUGAUAAAGGGGAAAAGGACUCUGAAAAGCCAAAAUUGGUGGAGGAUGGAUCAGACGAAGGUCUGAACUUUGUUCAACAUCAGACAGUCCUUGACUGUUCAGAUGAACCUGAAUUAAAAGAAUUAGAUUCUCAACUUCAAGAUGCUAUUCAGAAGAUGAGGAGGCUUGAUAAGAUAUUGGUGAAGAGACAAUAUAGAGAAAAAGAAAUUAAGAAGCAAGGUCUAGACAUGAGAAUAAAGCUGUGGGAAGAACUCAAGUUGGCAAAAACUGGUGAAACUUUGCAAAGUAAUGAGGAAAUGGAAAAUACAAAAAAGUUUCUAGCUUUGACUGAUGCAUCAGAAGAAACUGCCGAUCCUUGUCCCUAUGAGCAUGAAGACACCUUUUUCUCAGUGUUUCACACUCAGGUCCCUCCAGAAGAAUAUGAAAACCGUAUACAGAAAGUCAGUCAAGAUUUUACCUAUGAUGUGGGAGGAAACGAGUCAUUGAUCAAAGCAGAAAAGAAACAUUCCUCAAAUACAGAAAAGACUGAGCUCAGGGGUAAACAUAGCCAGGAUUUUAUCAAAAGAAACAUUGAGUUGGCCAAGGAUUCAGGGAAGCCAGUGGUUAUGAUGGAUACAGAGAGGAAAAGGCUGAUCGAACUUUUGAAGGACUUAGAUGACAGAGAUUCGGGGCUGCCCCAUCCUGAGGGCGAUCAGUCUGGCUGGCUGGUUCCAGGAGAAGGAUACACACUUGCAACCACCCAGCACCAGCAGCUUGCUGAAAUUGACUCAAAGCUCCAAGAACUUUCUGCAGCCUCACCAACAACUUGCAGCAUUUCUCCAAGACUUGAAAACCAGAGUGAUCAGGAACCUGACUUUCAUGAUGAUGAUAGAAACAUGGAAAUAACUCCAGGAGAAAAGGUGCUUCGGAAUACCAAAGAGCAACGGGAUCAGCAAAACCGGCUGAGGGAGAUUGAUGACAGACUGAGGAAACUGAAGGAAAAUGUGUUAGAUUCAACAUCACUUCUCUCUGAGGAACAGUUAAGGUGUCUUCUGGAUGAAUGUACCCUCAAACAAAAGUCCAUGAUUAGACUACCCGCAGAAAGAGAAAAGGAAGACAUGGAGGAUAUAACGCCAGAGGUCCCCCAUCUUUCCAGAUCUAUCCUCUCUGAGCUCCUAAAGGGAUUAGAAACAACGGUCAAGAGCUCUGAGGUGAAAGACACAGAUAUGCCUGAGAAUACGGAAUGUGAAACACUUACAGGCUACUAUCUCACCAAAGCCUUGACUGGGCGUUACACACCCCAGGCCCUUGUCAUUGAAGCAGAGAAUUUGAAAUGCCUCCAGUUUUCCAAGGACAAGGUUAUUAGUGACACAAAAGACUACUUUAUGUCGAAGACUCUUGGCAUUGGAAGACUGAAGAGGCCCUCUUUCUUGGAUGAUCCACUGUAUGGCAUGAAUGCGAGCCUUUCAUCCGAAGACCAACAUCUGAAAGUCCAUGCUGCAGAGAAACCAGAAACGGAUGAACAGGAGACUGAAGAUAUGAUGGAAGAAUGUAAAGAAUCUUAAGCAAAGACUUGCUGGGCGUGUUCU